AAAUAACAAUAACAGCAGAUUUUAUGGAUUAUUGUUCAUGUAACGGUCAAAAUGACAGACGUUCUCAUUUAUCACCGUUGGCGGCACUUGAUCCACUUCCAAAUUUGACAUUUGUUUGUAUUGUCAUUAAGUUGUCAUUUGCACAUGCUGUUUCAAUCUUCAAAAAAAGCCGAUUCGUUGUCGGAAAAAAACAAUUUUUGAAGUUAGACAUGUCGCAACAAAACACAAAAACCCCAGCAAUGGUCCUUCAGGAAUUUACAGUAAAACAUGGUUAUUCUCCCCCUGAGUAUGUCCUCGUAAUGAGUAAAACAGGCACCCACGAGAACGAAUUUCACUAUAAAGUUAACGUUGCGAACGUCUGUGCGAUGGGUUUUGGCCGUUCGAAGCAAGUGGCAAAACACAACGCCGCCAGCAAAGCGCUGGAACAACUAGCAAAUAAGGGGUUAUACGAUCCUAAUAGUAAUCCAGCUCAGGAAUUUAACGCGCAAAGUCAUAGAAACGAAUCUGAUAGCCCUUUGAAACCACCGGUGAAUUUUAUUGGGACUUUGAAAGAUCUGUGUGGAGAAUACAAACUCCCGUAUCCUGUUUUUAACGAGAUUUCGGACGUGGGGCCCCCGCAUUGUCGCGAGUUCACGUAUGAGUGUAAAGUGUCUUCGAUAACCACGCAAGCAACCGCGAAUACGAAAAAACAAGCUAAACAGUUGGCAGCCAGGGAUAUGUUGGAUAGGAUUAGGGAUACGUGUCCUGAGUUAGCUGAACAGUGUGCAGCUGAUUCUAACGCGCUAACGGAGAAAGACCAUGAGGCUAUUAGUAAAUAUAAUGAAUUAGCUAGUACUUUAGACGUAAUGCCAAACCGGGCAGUGACAGUAGAUGAUUUUUCCAACACUUUGAAGAAAAUCAUGGUUGAGAAAAAUGUGAGUUUUGAAAAUUUCAAAGAACAGUUUGAAAAGAGAAACAGGGAAGGACUGAAUUAUAUUUUUGAUAUACUUGAGGUUAAGUAUAAAAUAGAUAUGUUUCAAGAGAGUCCACCCAUAGCUUGUGCCCUUUUUGGUCUGGACACCCCAUUUACAGUAAUGGCAUUAGGAAGUACCAAAGAAAACGCUGAAGUGAAUCUGAUUAGUGAAAUUUAUGUAAUGUUAGAUGUUUACAUGAACAUGACUGAGUUGGAUGAUCAGGAUUCUUAGGGAUUUAUAUUAUUGAUACAGAUUUAGAAAAUAGCACGCAAGUGGCUGAGUAUCUUCAUUGUGACGUUUUUAAGCCAUUGUUUACUCUCUGCUACGUGGGGACUUGUUGAGUUUUGUCGCUAUUUGUUUUCCAAAUAAUCAGUUUGGAAGGAAACAGGUUUACUGAAAAUGAAUUAAUUUUUUUAUUAAUAAAACCGGAGAAUUUUGUGUAAAGCUCUUUCAACAGACAUCAGGAAUAACAAACAAGGUGCAUUUUGCUUAGACUGUUUUGACUGUAAUUGUUAAUUAAAAAUAAAAUGCAAAAUA